AUGUCUCUUCAAUCGCUCCUACCUUCGAACUCCCAAGCAUGGGCUGGCGGUGCUGUCGUUCUGGGUCUUGCAGCUUGGUAUAUCUCGCUGCAUGCCACUUCAGCAAAAGCGAAGCGUGUAGGAGCCGUCCUUGCGCCUGGACCAAAACGACUGCCUCUGGUGGGGAAUUUGUUCAACUUUCCGAGAGGAGGAUGGUACCAAGCCUUCACUCAAUGGGCAGAUGAUUAUGGGGACAUCAUUUACAUCAACCUAGCCGGAGUUCCAAUGAUUGUUCUGAACUCCUUUGAGGCCAUUCACGAAUUGACGGAUAAGCGAAUGAACAUCCACUCGGGGAGACCUCAUCCAACUCUCGUUUGCGACAUGAUGGAUUUCGGCUAUUUCCUGACCGUCAUAGAACCAACCAAAGAUUUCGCAGAACAGCGUCGUGUUUUCCAAAAGGCAAUAGGACCUCGUGCUGUGGACCAAUACGAUUCCUUCGUGCGCCACGGUUGCUCGCAACUCUUGCAACAGCUGGACGGAUUCUCUGGCGAACCAUUUGGAGUGUUGAUCAAGACGGUGGGCGAUGUACUCACUCGAAUCUCCUAUGGCGAACACUUCUUUGAGCACCAUGGGCCGUAUAUUCUCAAAAACAGUGUCGAGGGGAUGGAACUGGCUGCAUGGGCGUUCACCAAAUUCUGGCUCGUCGACAUGAUCCCGCCUUUGCGCUACGUACCGACAUGGUUCCCUGGAUCAAAUUUCAAGCAGGUUGCUUCUCAAGGAAAGCACUAUGCGGAUAUCAUUCGGUACUGGUCGUUUGAGCGAGUAAAGUCCGCAAUGUCGAAAGGAAUAAUAGACGAGUCUAUUGUGUCCAAGAACCUACAAGAAGGUGGAGUCUCCGAAAAUAACCUUCGAGAUGCAGUGGCGUCAAUGUACGGCGCCGGAGUCGACACAACGGUGACUACUAUCAGCAAUCUCCUGUUCAGCAUCGUCUUAUAUCCCGAGUGGCAAAAACGAAUACAUGAAGAAAUGGAUCAAGUUCUCGGUCGUGGUACCCACCCAACUCUGGAAGAUAUCCCAAAACUGGAGCUUUUCGAAGCGGUCUUCAAAGAAUCAUUUCGAUGGAAUCCUCCCGCGCCCCUUGGCCUUCCUCAUGUGAGCUCAAAGGAGGACGUGUGGAAUGGGUACUAUAUCCCUAAAGGCUCUAUCAUUCACUGUAACAUCGGGUUUGUCCUCAGAGACCCACGCCUGUGGGGGAAGGACAGUCUAGAGUUUAAUCCGAACCGUUUUCUUGCAGCCCACAACCCGUCACUCAACCAGCUCCCGGACAUUUGGAGUAUUCCGUUUGGUUUCGGUCGACGUAUUUGUCCUGGCCGUCACCUCGCGCAACGCCUUGUACUGCUCUACGCUGCGGCCAUCUUGUCCAUGUUCGAGGUCCUCCCAUAUCAAGAUGACCAUCUUUCACCAGAUGGACCGUUUGAAGACUCUGUAAUCAGGAUGGAAUUCGGUUAUUUCAUGACUCUCAUACAACCUGGCAAGGACUUCACAGAACAACGUCGCCUUUUCCAGAAAGCGAUAGGUCCUCGUGCCGUGGAGGAAUACGAUUCCUUCUUGCAGCACGGUUGUUCGGAACUCCUGAAACAAUUGGACGGAUUUUCCGGCGAUCCAUACAGUAUUAUAAUCAAGACGAUAGGAAAUGUGCUUACUCGCGUCGCCUAUGGGGAGCAUUUCUUUCAACACCAUGGGGAGGAAAUCAUCAAGAACAACGUCGAAGGUGUAGAACUAAUUGCAUGGACGUUUACAAAGUUCUGGUUAGUGGACGUGAUCCCGAGUCUACGCCACAUACCGAGUUGGUUACCUGGAACAAAUUUCAAACGAAUCGCCAAUAAAGGGAAGCACCACUCGAAUAUCAUCCGGUAUUGGUCGUUUGAUCGAGUGAAGGCCGCGAUGGAAAAGGGAAUCACGGACGAAUCCAUCCUUUCCAAGUAUCUACGUGAAGGUGGUAUGUCCGAAGGCAACCUUCGAGAUGCAACGGCUUCCAUGUAUGCCGCGGGCGUGGAUACGACCUCGAUCGCCAUCACCCACUUUCUGUUCAGCGUUACGUUGUAUCCGGAAUGGCAGAGAAGAAUCCACGACGAGAUGGAUCAAACACUGGGUCGUGGUCACUUGGCAACUCAGGAUGAUAUUCCAAAAUUGGAGCUAUUCAAAGCCGUCUUUAAAGAGUCUCUGAGGCUGAAUCCUGCAGCGCCGCUCGGCGUUCCUCAUGUAAGCUCAGAAGAAGACGUGUGGAAUGGAUACUAUAUCCCCAGAAACUCAAUCAUUCAUUGCAACAUUGGUGAGUUUCGCCCGGCUCCUCCAACUUACGCUUAUUUUCCUCAGGUUGUUCUCAGAGACCCUCGUUUAUGGGGAAAGGACAGCCUGGUCUUCAAUCCUAAUCGUUUCCUCGCAGCUCACAAUCCAUCGGUGGAGGAGCUACCUGAUAUCUGGAGCAUUCCGUUUGGUUUCGGUCGGCGUAUCUGUCCCGGACGAUACCUCGCGCAACGCACUGCACUGCUAUACUGCGCAGCAAUCUUGACCAUGUACGAAAUCCUUCCAUUUGAGGGUGACCAGCUUAGUUUCGAUGGUCCUUUUGAGGACUCGGUCAUCAGGACGAUGGGAAAUGUGCUUACACGAAUUGCGUAUGGCAAGUACUUCUUCCAGCACCAUGGUUCGGAAAUCAUCAAGAACAACGUCGAAGGGUCGAGUUAA